CUGACUUGUCAUGAUUAUUCUUUAAUUUAUUGUAUAAGUUUCUACCUUAUUUGCAUGUACUUGUAAGUUGAAUUACUGUUUCUUUAAACAUACCUAUUCCCGUUUCACAAUCAGAAUCUACUUGAAGUACCUAGGUUAAUUUACCUCACAUCAAAAUGUUGUGCUUUUUGAUACCGUUAAUUAUACUUUUUAUUAUUUUUGAUAUAAAUUAUUUUGUGCGUACUUAUUUCACAGUGUUAAGUGGUAGAAUAUAUCAAAAAACAGUUCCUUUAAAUAAUAUCACGACCAUUUAUGGUUUUUGUAGUUUUCAUGAUUGUGAUAUAAGAUUCCGGCAUCUUCGUUUGGCUAGGAUACUUCGCGAGAUAGAUUUUGCAAGAUACCAUUUUUAUGAUCGUACUAGAAUAUAUCAUCGCAGUAGGGCCCUUAAAAUAAAAUCUCUACAAGGUUGUACCCAUACAAUAUGCAUAAGGCCUGUACAUUUGUUUUCAUUUUAUAAAAUAAAUACAAAGCUUAUUUACUGGGACAACCGAUCAUUAUUUUUUGAACACGAAUUGAUAACAAUACCCGACGGAAAAAUACGAUACUCAAUAGUAUCACGUCAAUAUGCUAUUGGGAAGAACGGAGAAUCUUGUGAAUUGCUUCUCGAAAACCUGCCAGGAUUUGAUAAAAGACCGAACUGUCCAGACUACAUUAACGUAUGGCUUCAUAGCAUGAAUAUAACAAGCACUAAAUUGAGAAAGAAUAUUGAAGAAGAUAAUAAGUAGAUAGGUAAUAGCAUUAUCUAUGUGGAAUAAUAAUAUAAGCCCAUAUAAGUACAUGUAUAAUUAUUAACUUUAAGAUAAACAUAUUAUAAGAAAUAAAAGUAAUAAUAAUUUUAUGCAUACGGUACAACAAGUAAAAUAAUACAUAAAAGUACAUAAAAUACAUAAUAAAGUACAUAAAAGUAAAAUUUGAUUCACAACCCAGAAUUAAUGUCGUAGU